GCCCAAUUAGGUAUAUCUGACACGCUUAUUGACAUCUGCAUCUACUUAGUCCAUCAUAUAAAGUGUACCAAUAUGAACCUCGAUUUCCAUCGCAAAUCUCGUCGAAUCACCAAUGUCUUCAGCACUCUUACCAUCCCGAGCACAAUGCAUCCAUAUCACUGACAACGUCCAGCACUGUCAGUGUUCAUGCUUUGUGCCGACCCUGCUAGAACCUAACAUCUGCGGUCAGUGUGCACACGGUAUUCACGCCCAUGUCGACUACGUUUCGAUGGUCGUGAAUCAUUAUCCCCCGACUCAAUGCGCCGCUUAUGUCCAAAAGACACCUCUUGUCCAGCGUUGCACGUGUGAAGCUCAGCUCUGCGAUCACGUCGUUAUUGAUAACCCGUAUCGUGUUCCGGAGCCAUGGAACGUGUUGGACAAUUUCCCGGGAGAUAUCGACACUUCUCAUAGUGUCGACGCGAUCAGCUUUUCCAACGACGUCGUCAACGGUACAUUCACACCGUUCGCCAAUUCCUAUACCGACACCUUUUAUCACGACGCGAACCUCACCCCGAUCACUGCCGCGCCCAUUUUCUCCCCUAGCCCUUACAAUGAUGCGGGCAACAUCCCGCUCGCUCCAUGCAUGCCCUCUCCUUCGGCCAGUCACUUUCCACCUGGUAUUCAAUCAGAUGUCGCUCAGGUCCAAGCUUAUAGCUCAGACCAAUACUUUGUUGAAUACCCAGGCCACUCCAAUGGCGUUGCGACGGGCGAGAAAUUCGAGUAUCACUACUAUUCGCCAAACACGGUGCGACGCCUGAGGCUGGGUCGGACCCGUCCAUCUAGUCCAUGACCGCGACAGCUUCCCAAAACAUUUUCUCAUUCUCCGGAUCCUCCGCGCGUCCAUUCCCAGUCCAUGUAUUCAUCCCCUUCCUAUUUGUGCAUCGACAACCAUCCAGAACAACAUCCAAU